UUUUUGAAUUGAACGCAUCCCCCUCUUUGCUGAGUCAUGAUUUCAGUAGCGAAAUUUGUGGCCAUUUGAGUUCCUCACCUUCACGAGUUUUCCGCGAAAUUUCUCCUACUUUUAGCUCUCCCCUUCUCUUUCAAUAACGUUUCAGCGGAAGCAUGAGCGAUAUGCAGAGAAGAAAUUAGGAAGUGGAAGAGGAAGAUCUCUUGUUCUGUGCACUUACGAAACCCUAGAAUUCGAGAAAGAUGAAUGACGCAGAUGUCUCGAAGCAGAUCCAACAGAUGGUCAGAUUCAUCCGGCAGGAAGCCGAGGAGAAAGCUAAUGAGAUCUCUGUCUCCGCCGAGGAGGAAUUCAACAUUGAGAAGUUGCAACUAGUUGAAGCUGAGAAGCGGAAAAUCAGACAAGAAUAUGAGCGGAAGGCAAAGCAGGUGGAAGUUCGUAAAAAGAUUGAAUACUCAAUGCAGCUGAAUGCAUCACGUAUUAAAGUUCUGCAAGCACAAGACGAUGUGGUGAACUCUAUGAAGGAUUCUGCUAGCAAGGAGCUUCUGCGUGUUUCAAAUGACUCCCAUGCAUAUAGAAAGCUUCUCAAAGACUUGAUUGUUCAAAGUUUACUACGACUGAAAGAGCCAUCCAUAUUGUUACGGUGCAGAGAGGUUGAUCGUGAACUUAUUGAGUCCAUUUUAAAUGAAGCAAAGAAAGAGUAUGCAGAGAAAGCCAAAGUUCAUCCCCCUAAAGUUGUAAUAGAUGACCGUGUAUACCUUCCACCACCUCCCAGUGAUGCAAAUUCACAUGGUCCCUUUUGCUCUGGAGGAGUAGUUUUGGCUUCACAGGAUGGGAAGAUAGUCUGCGAAAACACACUAGACGCAAGGUUGGAUGUUGUUUUUCGACAGAAACUACCAGAGAUUCGGAAACGGCUCUUUGGAAAGGUGGCUGCUUAAUCAUGGCGGGUGGUAUUUCCUCUCUAUCUCUUAUAAAGGACAUGCCUCUUGUUUUCUUAAAAGCGGCUUCAGAACUUGGAUGGCUAAAGGCUUAAUGCAGCUUGGGCUUCUUCCCCUUUCAUUUCAUUUUAAGAGACUAUAUUGUUUAGAGGCCGAUUUCUUCUAUUCUCGCAUGUAGCUAAUCUAUAUUAUAUUGCUCAAAAUUUGCCUUUUGCUCGUCCGUAAGUCUA